AUGGCAGUCUCGACUAAUGCGCCUGUGUUGACAACCGCUGCAGCAGCAUCCAAUGAGACUCCCAGCAGCGACAGUGCCAAUCCAGUCAAGGACUCGGAGGUCCAGGAUCCCCCAGAUGGUGCAGAUAUCCGUCGUCAAGUGGAGUUCUAUUUCUCCGAUGAGAACCUUCGCUAUGACUUGCACAUGCUGCAAAACUGUGGUGGACGUGCCAACAACCCUGUGUCAAUCAACCGUCUCUGCGGUUUCGGGAAGAUGCGACAGUUCAAGCCCAAGAGCAAGGUCCCUAUAGCCCUUCGGUUAAGCGCCUUUCUGGAAGUAACCGAUGACGGAAAACAAGUCAAGCGCAGGGUGCCUUUGCAGGGCAAGUGCCUCCUAGAUCCUGACUUUGAUGACGACCCUGAUUUCGCCUACGAUGAGCGUGUGCAGAAGAAACCCAUCCAGAAGCCGGCCCAGUUUCCUGUACCGCCCCUGCCCCAAGAGAAGACAAAGUACCCCAAUGGCCUCUCCAAAAACAUGCUCAAACCCACCGGAUUCGAGGAAGGCUUUGUUGAGCUUGCCCUUACACCCAACGAAGCUGAAGUCGAGGAAGAAAUGUACAGCCCGGACAAGCACUUCGUUGAGCGUUACGAGAUUGCUAUCCAGCGUUUCAAGCAGAAAGCGUCGUCAUCGUGGUACCCUACUCAUUACAGCUAUGGUGUGGAGAGCACCAAGAACGCUUGCCAAGUGCCGCGCUCGUUCUUCAGAUACCUUCGCUACCACAGUGUCUGCCCUGAGUACGAUGACCAGCUUGCCGCCGCCCUGAAGAUCUGCGACCUCGCCGAGAAAGAGCUCCCUAAAGUCAAUGACAUCAUCAUCGCUAUGCCGGGAGACUUCAACAAGUCUGCGAGUGUUGUCUUUGGCGGCGCUCAAGCUGACAUUUACCUUGGCAACAAGCCUUGGGCUCAGGCAUUCAAGGAGGAAGGCGUAGACAUCGAAGAAAUUGGCAUGCGGGACGAAGAGGCAAGGGUCAAGUUCAGGACUGGCAUUGCUGUUCUGGGCUCUGAUGAGCAGUUCGAUAUGCUCGAGGGCGGUAGCCUAAAUGUGCUCAGCAAGGUAUCUGCAUGUCUUGAAGUCACCGCUAUCCAACUCCCGACCGAGGAAACCAAGAUCAAAUAUGAUGAGAUGAACCGGAUGAAUAGCAAGCUCAUUCUCAAGCCUCUGGGAAAGCUCAUUUGUAAGGAUUACGAGUUCUGGCUAGAAGAAGACAUUCUGGAGGAUUGCUUCAUCGGCCUCAAGAUAAACGCAGACAUUCUCGUACUCCCAGGUCUGACUAUCCUCGACGAGGUCAAGGACUGUAUGUGUAGCUUCUACACUUGGAUUCCUAACGAGCUCGGAAUGCCCAAGGAAGUACGGUGGAGGGAGGAUGCGGUAUAA